AUGAUGGACGGUCCUCGUUCAGAUGUGGGCCGCUGGGGCGGGAACCCUUGGCAGCCCCCCACCACACCUUCCCCAGAGCCGGAGCCGGAGCCGGACAGACGAUCUCGUCGAGGAGGCCGUUCCUUCUGGGCUCGCUGCUGCGGCUGCUGCUCAUGCCGAAAUGAAACAGAUGCUGACUGGGGACCUGAGCCCCACGGAGACCGAGGGUCUGGCAGGGGUCGAGGGUCCAGCUCUGGGGGUCGAAGACCAGACUCCCGGGGCUCAGAUUCCCGCCGGCCUGGCUCCCGGGCCAGUGGUGUGAACGCAGCUGGAGACGGCACCAUCAGAGAGGGCAUGCUGGUGGUGACCGGUGUGGAUCUGCUGAGUUCACGCUCGGACCAGAAUCGCCGAGAGCACCACACAGACGAGUUUGAGUACGACGAGCUGAUUUUACGCCGUGGGCAGCCUUUCGACAUGGUCCUCCACCUCUCUCGGCCCUAUGAGUCCUCUGAUCAUGUUGCCCUGGAGCUGCUUAUCGGAAACAGCCCCGAGGUGGGGAAGGGCACGCACGUGAUCAUCCCAGUGGGGAAGGGGGGCAGCGGAGGCUGGAAAGCCCAGGUGACCAAGGCCAGUGGGCAGAAUCUGGACCUACGUGUCCACACCUCCCCCAACGCCAUCAUCGGCAAGUUUCAAUUCACGGUCCGCACACGUUCAGAGGCUGGCGAGUUCCUGUUGCCUUUUGACCCCCACAACGAGAUCUACAUCCUCUUCAAUCCAUGGUGUCCAGAGGACAUCGUGUACGUGGAGCAUGAGGAUUGGCGACAGGAGUACGUGCUUAAUGAAUCCGGGAGAAUUUACUAUGGGACUGAAGCACAGAUUGGUGAGCGGACCUGGAACUAUGGGCAGUUUGACCAUGGAGUGCUGGAUGCCUGCCUGUACAUCCUAGACAGGCGGGGCAUGCCAUAUGGAGGCCGCGGGGACCCGGUCAGUGUCUCCCGGGUCAUCUCUGCCAUGGUGAACUCCUUGGAUGACAAUGGGGUCCUGAUUGGAAACUGGUCUGGUGAUUACUCCCGAGGCACCAACCCAUCAGCUUGGGUGGGCAGUGUGGAGAUCCUACUCAGCUACCUACGCACGGGCUAUUCCGUCCCCUAUGGCCAGUGCUGGGUCUUCGCCGGUGUGACCACAACAGUGCUGCGUUGCUUGGGCCUGGCUACCCGCACUGUCACCAAUUUCAACUCGGCACAUGACACAGACACAUCCCUCACCAUGGACAUCUACUUUGACGAGAAUAUGAAGCCUCUCGAGCACCUGAACCAUGAUUCUGUUUGGAACUUCCACGUGUGGAACGACUGCUGGAUGAAGAGGCCAGAUCUGCCCUCUGGCUUUGGUGGGUGGCAGGUGGUGGAUGCCACACCCCAGGAAACCAGCAGCGGCAUCUUCUGCUGCGGCCCCUGCUCUGUGGAGUCCAUCAAGAAUGGCCUGGUAUACAUGAAAUACGACACGCCCUUCAUUUUUGCUGAGGUCAACAGUGACAAAGUUUACUGGCAGCGACAGGAUGAUGGCAGCUUUAAGAUCGUGUAUGUGGAAGAGAAGGCCAUUGGUACGCUCAUCAUAACAAAGGCCAUUGGAUCCAACAUGCGAGAUGAUGUCACCCACAUUUAUAAACACCCAGAAGGCUCAGAAGCAGAGCGGAAGGCAGUGGAGACAGCAGCCGCCCACGGCAGCAAACCCAACGUGUACUCCACGCGUGACUCAGCAGAGGAUGUGGCGAUGCAGGUGGAGGCACAGGACGCGGUGAUGGGGCAGGACCUGACCGUCUGCGUGGUGCUGACCAAUCGCAGCAGCAGCCGCCGCACCGUGAAGCUGCACCUCUACCUCUCGGUCACCUUCUACACCGGUGUCACCGGGUCUGUCUUCAAGGAGAGCAAGAAAGAAGUGGUGCUGGCGCCAGGGGCCUCGGACCGCGUGUCCAUGCCUGUGGCCUACAAGGAAUACCGGCCCCACCUCGUAGAUCAGGGGUCCAUGCUGCUCAAUGUCUCGGGCCACGUCAAGGAGAACGGGCAGGUGCUGGCCAAGCAGCACACCUUCCGUCUGCGCACCCCUGACCUUUCCCUCACCUUGUUGGGGGCAGCCGUGGUUGGUCAGGAGUGCGAAGUACAGAUUGUCUUCAAGAACCCGCUGCCUAUAACCCUCACCAAUGUCGUCUUCCGGCUUGAGGGCUCCGGGCUACAGAGACCCAAGAUCCUCAAUGUGGGGGACAUUGGGGGCAACGAGACAGUGACGCUGCACCAGAAGUUUGUGCCUGUGCGACCAGGCCCCCGCCAGCUCAUCGCCAGCUUGGACAGCCCCCAGCUCUCCCAGGUGCAUGGUGUCAUCCAGGUGGACGUGGCUCCGGCCCCUGGGAGCGGAGGCUUCUUCUCAGAUGCUGGAGGCGACAGUCACUCAGGGGAGACCAUCCCUAUGGCAUCUCGAGGUGGAGCUUAA